AUGAAAAUCUCCAGUUUCCUUCUCCUGUCUCAUGUUAUUGUUGGAGGAAAAAAAGAUGGUUCCUUGAUUGCUUAUGGUUUGUCACAGGGUGUCAUUGCUGCGGAUGGUGGGCGCCCCUGGCCCUCGUAUGUGGGACAGUAUGCUGGAGCCAGAGUGCACAACUACGCCGUUUCAGGAGCAGUGUGUUCGCGUAACAUUACGCCUGAAACCAUCCCAGCGACAGAGCAGCUAUUCCCAGAUGUCGACUCGGUCGAGAUUCCCAGCUUUUUUAUGGAUACCAAUUAUACUCUUCCAGAUGGAACUAGGUUCAUAGAUCUUUCCCCGGAGUCUACUGUCUUCGCUAUCAUGAUCGGAGGGAAUGAUAUUGGAGCCCAUGCGUUUCUGACUGACUCUCAACCCCCCGGCAAGCCCCUUCCGGAUUAUAUUGAUUGUGUCUUUGAGCAGAUUGACCGUCUAUACAGAGGCGGCGCUCGUUACUUCCUUCUCAACAAGCUUGGGGCCAUGUACCUUGCUCCCCAAUACGCAAUGCCAGAGGCUGGAGGUGUCGCAGCAUCCCAGUAUUGGCCAAACAAAUAUAGCAAUGGCACAGCCGCCUCUCAACGGAUGUUGCAGCAUGUUGCUACUGUCAAUGCUAUAUAUGAUCUUAGAACGCUCCUAGAGGUGAUGUACCAGAAGAAAUACCCUGGUGCGUCCUUUGCCUUGGUGGACCUUGGACGCCUAGUGGGUUGUUCCGCCUGA